UCUCUAGCUAGAUUUUUUUUCAGUUUCCGUAAAAUCGAUGAUUUUCUAAGUUCACUUGACUGAAUAGAUUUUGUCUUCUAUAAAAGCCCGAAUUCAUUUCCGAAAAGUUUGAUUUGAGUUUCAUGAUUAUCUGUUGCAGUUACGAUAACUGACUGUGAAUUGUUUAAUCUCCGACGAGUAAUUUCGUGAAAUUGGAGACAAUGAAGGAGGAGGAAAAGGAGAAACGGAGUUGCAGCACUCAUAAACGGAUAGGGGAGGUAGCUGGGGGUACAGCGGCGGAGUGUGCAAUGGUAUGCUGUUGUUGUCCAUGUACGGUGAUGCAUUUAUUGGUACUAGCGGUGUACAAAGUUCCGACGGGACUAUGCCGGAAUAUAUGGAGGAAGAAGAAGCAGGAGAGGCUUUUGAGGAAGAAGAAGAAAGAGGAGGAUUCAUGGAAAUCGAUGAAGAAUAAUAAAAAUGUUUACCUUGGUGCCUAUGAUGAAGACGACGGCGAUCGGGAGAAAUUUGACGGUGAAGACGACGACGGAGUACGAGAAGCCGCCGAUUUUGAAACGGAGAUGUGGGACCGGUUCUAUGGAGCUGGGUUUUGGAGGACCCUAUCUCAGAGAGAGGAGGACUUAACAUGGCAUAAUCAAAAUAAGUAAGGACUUAAAAUGCAAUUAUAAUUAUAAUUAAGAAGAAAAAAAAGGUGAAAGACACAGAAAUUGAAGAUUAACGGAUUUGUAUAUUGUGUAUUUUGCCCAAAAAAAAGUUGGGUACAGUAAAAAUUCAUCGAACACGAUUAUUACGUGGACACGCCGUUGAUUUUUUCUCUCUUAUUAUAAAAUAAAAAAAUCUCUCUUUUAAGAGAAGUUAUGAGACUUGGUCCAUGUGACCUUCACAAUGCUACAUUUGUAUAUAUUUUAUUUCUUUAUUUGCUUAUUGCUGCAAGUAA